CAUACUCUUUGAGACCAAAGAGUAUGUAAUCACUAUGUUUUGAGACUAUAGAUUGCAUUUUGCAAAGCAUUGAAAUCAAAGUUAUUGAAAUUAAAUUGAAUUUACCUACAAUAAACCAAUAAACAUGGGGAAAACUUCAAAAGACAAAAGAGAUAUAUACUACAGAUUAGCAAAGGAAGAAGGUUGGCGGGCGAGAAGUGCCUUUAAACUGCUGCAGAUAAAUGAGGAAUAUGACAUAUUCAAUGGUGUACUACGUGCAGUGGAUCUGUGUGCUGCACCAGGGAGCUGGAGUCAGGUUCUGACAAAGAAGCUAAGACAGAAUACAGACAAUGCUGACGAAGUCAAAAUAGUUGCAGUAGAUUUGCAGGCAAUGGCAUCGCUGCCAGGAGUGAAACAAAUACAAGGUGACAUCACUAAAGUAUCCACAGCAAAUGAAAUUAUAAAAGAAUUUGAAGGUUUGAAAGCUGAUCUAGUUGUUUGUGAUGGGGCACCGGAUGUAACAGGGCUUCAUGACAUUGAUGAAUAUGUACAGUCACAGCUUCUUCUUGCUGCUUUGAACAUAACAACACAUGUAUUGAAGAACGGUGGAGUCUUUGUAGCUAAAAUAUUCAGAGGGAAAGAUGUUACUCUGUUGUACUCACAACUGAAACUUUUUUUUGAAUUUGUCACAGUUUCCAAACCGAGAAGCUCAAGGAAUUCAAGCAUAGAGGCAUUUGUGAUUUGCCAGAAUUAUAAACCACCAGAUGGAUAUACACCUACCAUGGUAAAUCCACUUUUAGAUCACAAAUAUUGUGAUUUUAAUCAGUUCACUGGGCCAAAUAGGUUUAUUGUACCAUUUAAUGCAUGUGGAGACUUGAGUGCGUAUGAUUCUGAUACAUCAUAUCCACUAUUGUUGGAAGGUCAAAGUUCAUAUGAGUAUAAGGAUCCAGUACAAGGCCCUAUAGAUCCUCCUUAUAAGGAAAUUUUACAAAAAACUAAAUCUUUGCAAAUUAAAAGUACUAAUAAGUAAUAGUGUUU